CGUCUCCCUCUUCAUUCUCCUCCUCGUCUUCAUCGCAGACAUGCUCCUCUCCUCUCUCCUCUCCUUCGUCUCCUUCCCUCCAUCCUUCUUCCUCCUCUUCCUUAGUGGAGCACUUGUAUUCCUCCUCAUCACUCGCCGCUGCAUCUCUGGACCCGGACCUCCGUCCUCCAUCCCCUGCCUGCCGAGGCUCCCCGUCCUGGGCAGCCUCCCCUGGCUGGGAGGAGGACUCCCCCCUCACCUGCUCUUCAGCAAGCUGGCCCACAGGUACGGCUCUCUGUUCGCUCUCUACCUGGGUCCUCACUACACUGUGGUGGUCAACAACCAUCAACACGCCAGAGAGGUCCUGCUGCAGAGAGGGAGGGACUUCGCAGGGCGACCGAGCAUGGUGACCACUGACCUGCUGACCCGGGGAGGUAAAGACAUCGCCUUCUCAGACUACUCUCCUCUGUGGAAGACUCACCGCCGCCUCGUCCACAACUCCUUCACUCUGUUCGGGGAGGGGACGAGCCGCCUGCAGGACAUGGUUCUGUCCUCAGUGGACGCUCUCUGUGCGGAGCUGCUGUCCGGUGGCGGCCGGGGCUUUGACCCGUCUCCGGCGAUCGCCAGAGCCGUCACCAACGUGGUCUGCAUGCUGGUGUUCAGCGCUACAUAUCGCCAUGGUGACGCUGAGCUGCAGGAAGUGAUCCGGUACAACGACGGCAUCGUGCAGACCAUUACCAGAGGAGGACUCGUGGACAUUUACCCCUGGAUGAAGGUCUUUCCUAACGAGUGUCUGAGUAAACUGAAGGAGUGUAUCACCAUCAGAGACCGGCUGCUGACCCGAAAACUGGACGAGCACAAGGCGUCACUGAGUGACGGUGACCCCCGUGACCUCCUGGACGCCUUACUAAAAGGCAAGAUGGACGCCGGGCGGGGUCAAAGGUCACCUGGAUCUGAGGAGGAGAGGAUAACAGACGAUCACGUCGUGAUGAUAGCGGCCGAGGCUUUUGGAGCCGGAGUGGAGACGACGUCCACCACGCUGCUGUGGAUCCUGGCCUACCUGCUGCACCACCCAGAGGUCCAGGAGCGCGUGCAGAAGGAGCUGGACGAGCAGGUGGGCAGUGAACGGCCGGUGUGUAUGUCGGACCGCGGACGACUACCCUACCUGGACUGUGUUAUCAACGAGGGCAUGAGGAUCCGACCAGUGAGCCCAGUUCUGAUCCCGCACACCGCCAUGACUGACAGCAGGUACGUGGGUCCGACCAUCACAUGUAACUGA